UUAAAGUGUCCGAGCAGCAGCCCAGGUCCUCCUUAAAGACGGAAGGAGCCCCUCAGGCCAACUUCUUGGGAUUUCUGCGCCUCCUUGUUUUGAAGUUUCAGCUUCGUCCGGAAAGGGGAGCGCGCGUUGCGCGGGUGGGGGGGACCGUUGUUUUGGUUUGUGUUUUGGAAUAAUCUUCUCCAAUGUUUGGGAUCCAAGAUACUUUAGGAAGAGGACCCAUCCUGAAAGACAAGGUGCUGGGCUCGGAGAUGGAUCCUGUCCGGUCCUGGGUCAGGAAUGUCGGCGUGGUGGACGCUAACGUCGCCGCUCAAAGCGGCGUGGCUUUGUCGCGAGCCCACUUCGAAAAGCAGCCGCCCUCCAACUUGAGAAAGUCAAAUUUUUUCCACUUCGUCUUGGCGCUUUACGACCGGCAAGGGCAGCCCGUGGAGAUCGAGAGGACGGCGUUUGUGGACUUCGUGGAAAACGACAAAGAACAAGGCAACGAGAAAACCAAUAACGGGACGCACUACAAACUGCAGCUUCUUUACAGUAACGGUGUUAGAACUGAACAAGAUCUCUUCGUUCGGCUCAUUGACUCAGUCACAAAACAGCCUAUCGCCUAUGAAGGACAAAACAAGAAUCCAGAAAUGUGCAGAGUUUUACUCACCCAUGAAGUUAUGUGCAGCCGUUGUUGUGAAAAGAAAAGCUGUGGAAACCGCAAUGAGACUCCUUCAGACCCUGUGAUCAUCGACAGAUUCUUCUUAAAAUUCUUCCUCAAGUGCAAUCAGAAUUGUUUGAAAACAGCCGGGAACCCUCGAGAUAUGCGGCGGUUCCAGGUUGUGUUAUCAACAACAGUGAAUGUCGAUGGGCACGUACUGGCGGUAUCUGACAACAUGUUUGUUCACAACAACUCAAAACACGGACGGAGGGCGAGAAGGCUUGAUCCGUCUGAAGCCACUCCCUGCAUCAAAGCAAUUAGCCCAAGUGAAGGCUGGACCACAGGUGGAGCAAUGGUUAUCAUUAUAGGAGACAACUUCUUUGAUGGGCUACAGGUCGUAUUUGGGACGAUGCUGGUAUGGAGUGAGCUGAUCACCCCUCACGCCAUCCGUGUCCAGACGCCCCCUCGUCACAUCCCUGGUGUCGUUGAAGUAACAUUAUCAUAUAAAUCCAAGCAGUUUUGCAAAGGAGCCCCUGGUAGAUUUAUUUAUACAGCUUUAAAUGAGCCUACCAUAGACUAUGGUUUCCAAAGACUCCAGAAAGUUAUACCAAGACAUCCUGGUGACCCAGAACGACUAGCCAAGGAGAUGCUAUUGAAAAGAGCAGCUGACCUAGUUGAAGCACUGUAUGGAACGCCACACAAUAAUCAGGACAUUAUUCUGAAGCGAGCUGCUGAUAUUGCAGAAGCUCUCUACAGUGUCCCCAGGAAUCCAGGCCAGAUCCCUUUGUCCAGCUCUCCAGCUCACAGUAGCAUGAUGGGCAUCAACUCCUACAGUAGCCAGUUGGGAGUCAGCAUCUCAGAAUCAACACAAGGAAACAAUCAAGGUUACAUCCGCAACACAAGCAGCAUCUCCCCGCGAGGUUACUCUUCCAGCUCGACCCCUCAGCAGUCUAAUUACAGCACCUCCAGUAACAGCAUGAACGGCUACAGCAACGUCCCCAUGUCGAACCUGGGUGUUCCUGGCUCGCCUGGAUUCAUUAAUGGCUCUCCCACAGGAUCUCCCUAUGGCUUGAUGUCUUCAAGUCCAACAGUUGGUUCCUCAAGCACUUCCUCCAUCCUCCCAUUCUCCUCCUCUGUCUUUCCUGCUGUCAAACAAAAGAGUGCCUUUGCUCCCGUCAUCCGACCCCAGGGGUCUCCUUCCCCGGCUUGCUCCACUGGCAAUGGAAAUGGGUUCAGAGCUGCCGCACACUGGGUCGACAUUUUCAUCUAGCUAUCCACCACAACUCCAAGAACUCUUUCCUGCUAUGACAGGUCUUGUCGUUCCUCCAAUGUGAAAGAAGAGGAGGAGUUGCUGGAGUCCCCGCCGACAUUUCCCCCCCUUUUUUUUACAGCACAAAACUACUUAUUGUUAUGGAGCACUAAAAAGGGGGGGGAGCACUACAAGCUCUAUUGCUGGGGGAAGCCAUGUGCAGAACGCAAAGGCACUUUUUAAACAAAAUAAUAAUGAAUCAGACACACCAGGAGACUGCUCUCAUCUGUUCCAGGUUUCAUAUACGCUUACAUCAACCCACCCCCCCUCUCACAAGAACAUUAAAAUGAGGAAUUGGCCAUGAUCCAAAUGCACACUGUUUAUGGGAUUGAGUCCGGAGUACAAGAAUUCUUUUUCUUAUGGACACAAAGCCUUCCUAAUGUUUGUAAAAUAUUAAAAUGAGGAACAAAUUGGCCAACCAUUCAAGCUUGAUAUUUUGGAUACUCUUUUGUUUUACUUUGUAGGAAAAUAAAAAUAAAAAUGUUGAAGUUUCUAUUUUCUAUGGAGCCUUUCAGAUACCAAUUUAGUUUGUGCAGAAAAUAAUAAUGAUCACAAAACAGGGUACCAGCAUGGAAGACUUUCCUAUGAAACUGAUAUGAAUGGUGGAAUGUGGACGUAUGUGUGUAUUUGCUUAUAGUUUAAUCUCUUUUAAAAUGGAAAAUGUAAGAUGUUUUACAAUUAUUUAAAUAAAUAAACUUGUAAGUUAUUGUAUGUAGAGGUAGAAAUUGAAGACUUUGGUGGGGAGGGGAACUUUUUCUGUCUCCUGUUGUACGAUGAACAAAAAUAAUGCAAAAAAAAAGCAAGCAGCUACAAGCAUGCAUCUUUAUAGUACAAUCUGUCUUCACCUUCUCUCCUGCUUCUGAUGGAACCAAUGUACAAGAAUUCCUUAAAUUCUUCAUGAAGGACUCAUCCACAAGCUUUUAUACGCAUAAUGGUAUAUAUACAUAUAUAUAAAUAUAGGACAGUAGUUAAUGUAUGAAUAUUAUACACCUUUUUCACCUUUUGAUUCAAUUAAGGUUUCAGGUACUGACGUAAGCUGUCUAGUUUCAUACAUCCUAACCAGUAACUAUGUGGCAUGUAUGGGCUUUUUAUCAGGUUUUGUGCAGAACUGUCAGGCUUCAAUUUGAGCAAGAGGGAACAGAAAAAGGUUUCUCCCAUUGGUUGCUUUUUGUGUAGCAAAGGCAAAAUUCUGUGUGUGUUUCGGAGAAUGUUGAAACUCAUCUAUGAGGGAUUUUGCCCAAAUUCUAUCUUGGAUGCCAGUCGAUAGUCACCAACAUUCCUAAGUUUGGGGAAAUUUGUGAAAUUUGUCCAGAAUUGUCAAUGUUCAUAUCUGAAUGCUGACACAUUUCAAUCAAAUUUCAGUUAUUUGAUGUAACAUGUACAUUAUAAGAAACCUGUAGAUUUUUUAUGUAAUGCAGGAGUGACAAUGCAGCAAAAAAUCAGGAAUUUGGAUUCGAAUAUACAUUUGGCUCCCUGGCAGGCCACUGAUUUGCAUGGGUUUGUACAACACUCUCCUUCCUUCCUUCCUUCCUUCCUUCCUUCCUUCUUCUUUUUUUAAAGAAAAAGAAAAAGUGGCUAGAGGGACAGGUUCUGCACAUGCAAACAAUGGGGCCCUCCAUUGAAAUGAAUGGGGAAGCAUGGCUGCACAAGAGAUUCAUAUGUGCUUUAAAUGUAAACGGAUCCAUGAUUCAGGGCAACCAUCUCUGGAAAUUCAUGAGGACUGCCGUGAAUAAGCUGAUCCAUACCUCUCCUAUUCAUGUGCUGAUUGCUGGUAAGAGCUGUUCUAAUGAAUUGGUAGAGUCCCUAAGACUUUCUAAACCCCCUUCUGCUUCUGUCAUUGUAAUCAUCUCCACUGGAGUCCCAUAUGUCGAUAAUAUGCCUAUAAAAUCUAUUGAUCACUUAUUGGCUUUUUACAAUAUACUAUUUAUAUAUGUACCUGUAUUUUAAGGUGAAACCCAAACUUCUGUGCACCCAAUGAGGGUAACUGUGUUUUUCAGGGGAAUAAAAGCAUUAGUGUUUUCCCAU